AUGCACGAUAGUAGUAGUCAAUAUUUAACAGUGGAUCGUGUCGAUUCACUCAUUUAUUUGGAUUGUUUUAUCAACGAAGUACUUCGUUAUUCCCCAACGAUUGAUGGAACAAGUCGUUCAGUAGUUGUUGAUGACUGCGUACCCAAAAGUGGUAUUCGACUUUACAAAGGUGAUCAAGUACUUAUUCCGACGUCGGCUCUCGGUCGAGAUACUCGUCUUUGGAAUAUCGAUCCUGAACAGUUUUAUCCAGAAAGAUUUCUUAAUGAAGAUAAAAAUCAUCAUCCAUGUGCAUUACUACCAUUUGGAGGUGGUCAUCGUUAA